CCGGUUGUUUAAAUUCAAUCGGUUUCCUUUUAUGAUCAGCUUUUACAUUAGCCAUGCAACGACUAAUGCGGAGAGAGUAAACAACACGCAGAAAUUUUACGUUUCCAGUAAUUACGGUAGGAUAAAAUUGCUGGUGGUAUAUUUCUUGAGUCACCGUAUAAACUGGGUUUACAUCGAUGCAAAUUUCUAGUUUAACGCCAAUAUAUUGACGUGAAACGGGCAGGUAUUUUUCAGAACGCGUCGAGAUUUUCUUGUGACUGUCGGUCCUGUUUUUGUGACUCGGUGUCGGUGCACAAAGUUAAAGACAAUGUUUGCCAAGGGGAUUGAAUUCGGGCAUCUGCUACCGCAAAUCGUGGCUACAAUAUUGGGGACGUUGAUGGCAAUAUCUGACGGGAUGACGUACGGAUGGACCUCGCCGAUGAUCCCAUACUUCACGGGAAACGACACGCACAUUAAAAUGACGAUGCACGAAGCGGAAAUGAUGGAAACGGUUAAUCUGUUGGGGGCAUUUGCCGGAUUACCGACCACGAUAUUAGCCGUGGACAAAAUUGGACGCAAGAAAUCGAUGCUGGUCGCGUCGUUCGCCGGUUGCCUUUGCUGGAUAGCGAUCAUUUUUGCUCCCAACAAGGAAAUUCUCUACGUAGCCAGAUUUAUAUCGGGCAUGGCGGGUGACAUGUGUUUCGUCGCAGCUCCGAUGUACAUAGCGGAAAUAGCCGACCACAGAAUACGAGGUUUCCUGUCAUCCCUCAUCUACCUGAUGAUGUUGGUGGGGAUUCUGUUGGUGUACGUUACUGGCGCGUUUACCGCCUAUUACGUCCCACCCAUUAUCGGAAUCGUGCUGACUUCAAUUCAAUGCGUGUGUUUUCCGUUUAUGCCAGAGUCACCGUACUAUCUGGUGUGCACGAAUCAAAUAGAAAAAGCUGAAAAGGCGUUGAAGAGGCUGCGAGGCGAUUCCAAUACAACUAAGGAGAUGGAAGACAUCCAGAAAGCGGUUGAAAGGCAGAAGACGGAAAAGGGAAGACCGAAGGACCUCGUUCUCAUACCGAGCAAUCGAAAAGCGAUCAUUAUCAUGACAAUUUUGAACGGAAUACAGCAUUUUGCUGGUAUCAGCGUCAUGGUUAUGAACCUGCACAUAAUCCUGGCCGAAGCCGGAUCCGUUUAUAUCGAACCCAGAGUUGCGGCCGUUAUUUUCGCCGGUAUAAUGCUGAUUGGUGCCAGCACGUCGUCCUGUUUGAUAGAUAAACUCGGAAGGAAGGUGCUAUUGAUUCUUUCCAGCGUCCUGACCGGCAUUACGCUCGGAAUUAUGACUGCAUUUUUCCACCUCAAGAAUGCCGGUUACGACGUCUUAUACGUCAGCUGGAUUCCUGCAGCAUGUUGCAUGACGUACGCCCUCACGUUCAAGUCUGGACUGGGAUUGGUCCCGAUCGUCAUAACAGCGGAAAUAUUUCCGACCACGAUCAAAGCCAUAGGGAUGACAAUAGCAGACGCAGUCUACGUGCUAAUGGCGGUGGUGUCGAUUCAAAUUUAUUCGGUUUUAUUUAACAAAUUUGGGAUCCACGUACCGUUCUACAUAUUCACCGUUUGUUGCUUGUCGAUGGCCUUCUUCACGGCGCUAUUCAUACCGGAAACGAAAGGCAAAACAUUAGAUGAAAUUCAACUGAAGCUGAAGGGACUGAAAGUAACGCCGAAAAGUGAGCAGGCGGAAAAUGGUAUUCCUAUGACGUAGUGCGCCGAGUUAUUUUGCCGGUCGCGUGGAUUUGAUUAUUAUGAGCAAAGACUUAGAUCCUGGAUCGUUCUAAUGGAAAUAGGGAACGUUCCUUUUUUUUGUAGAAAAAAAUCCCGAUAUUUUCAGCCUGUGAUACUAGUGAUAAGGUAGUUUUAUAUAAGUUUUAAUAUUGACUAUUUCAUGGAGAUUAAAUGCUGCAAUUCUUGGAUAUUUGUAUGAAUGGUGUGGUGUAUAAAAUUUGUAGUUUAAUAUAUUAUAUCUUAAUAUAAGCUCUUGCCUAUUAUUUGUUCUGCGAUUAAUGUCCCUAUUGCUGUUAUUUACCACUUUAUAUGUGCACAAUAAUUUUAAUUCUAAGGUUACCAGGAUUAUAUAGUAGACUACACUGUUCACCGCGACGGAGUCCGGUGCAAGCGAUAGGUUGCUCCGCUUGGACGCCAACAUUGUACAUGGGUUGAAACUCACACUACAAAUAUGGAAAUUCUUCUGGUUUCGUUAUGUUGAUGAUACUUUCGUCAUCUGGAGUGGAACCAAUAGACAGCUAGCUGUCAAUCAUAUUAACUGUUUGCGACCGUCCAAUAAAUUUACUGCUGAGAAAGAGAAGAACGGCUAUCUAUUGAUUAUAGAUGUCCUAGUAAGUAAAAAUAAUGGCUCUAUCGGCAUCUCUGUAUAUAGAAAACCAACCUACACACAGCGAAGAGUAUUUAAAUUUUCAAUCUAUUUAUUCUGAAUCACAAUAUUCAAUGACGAAGCCUCACUCGGUGUAGAAUUAAUAAGAAUUAAACAGGAUUUGGCUCUUCAUAGAGAAAAAGUGUAUCUACCAAGUACCCUGUGAAUGUGGAGGGUCAUAUAUCGGAGAAACACAAAUACCUUGAAAAGUUAAAAUUGAAGAACAUAGGACGUACACACUGAGGGGUGAAAUCCAAAUAUUAGGAAUAUGUAUGGGGAAAAAUAUGACAAUAAUUGGCCGGAAGGUCUGGUUGUUCACAAGGAACCGCAAUUGGAAAAAGCACAAGUUUAUGGAAACUAAACAAUAGAAAUGUCUUCAGCAUUCUAAGCUUUGCAACACCUACAUUGCUGCAACCAAUAUAACAGGAAUCUACAAUGGUGUAAAUAAGAACUAUUUCUAAAUAUAACAUUGUCUUAUGUGAAUAAGAACUAAUUUUAAAUAUUGUUUUAUCAGUUUUUAUUUUUCCAUCUUAUUCAUUUUCAAAACACAAACCGAAUGAAUUUAUUCUUUUGCUUGUAUUUUAGUGCCUUUGUGUUUUUAGUAUUCAGAAAAUUCUGAGAAAUUUUUCUUAUUAUCUGCGUUUCCCAGUCCACUAUAAAACAUUAGAUACUUAUUAAUGAGCUAUUUGAAAUUUACUCUCCGAAAAUUCUUUUUUUCAUCAAUGCACGAGUUAUAACAGUUGUAAUACGAAGUUACGAUUUACUUAAUUGUUUUCAAAUCUUUUAAACUUGUUUAAACAUAGUUCAAAGCAAAACAAACUAUUCCCAAUUUCUAAUUUUAUCUUUCAACGCUAAAUUGCCUGCCCAACUUGUGUUUUUUUUUUGUUGAACAAAACCCAUUCCACACUUUUCAGCUAUGGUGCGGACGGGACUCCUUUUGGCAUUUUGUUUGUUUGAAACAAUGGGAUUUGUUUUCCACAAGAUCAAAAAAUUUGCUGGCAUUCAUGUUCUUAAAACACUAUUUUAUAGCUAUGACGGCGAUGUCGAUCCAAAUUUACUGAAAACAUCAAUCCGUAACGAAAAUUUUCCAUUUCCUCCACUUUUCUUUUUGAAAACUAACCCAACUGCGAUUUUUGCCUAAUCACCACAGGUUAAAAGCUACAAAAAUCAACUGUUUUUUCACAGACUAGAUAAUUAUCAACUAAUACUACUUCCCAAUUAUGUACUAGGUAAUUAAAUUUUAUGGGCAAACAAAAUAAUAUAAAAUAAAUAAUACUUCAACAUAAUUUUAGUAAGUAGCAAUAUUUUUUCGCGGCAUCUUUGUGGCUAAUUAUGGUUGUUAUUUGGCAAAUAUUUUUGUGACACUUUAUUCAUGACGUUUUAAAUUCAUUUGAUUUAAGGCCAUUAUCAUUUCGAUUUAGAACAAAAAGCACACUAGGCGAAUAUUUCGGUAUAUUUAGAUCAUCCUGCGCAUCCACAAAUUUGUUGAUACUAGAAUAUUUAACUGUUUUCUGUUAUUAAGUGCUAUUCUCGAAUGAAACUCACAAGUGACUACAUUAUUUCAAUUAUCUACUAUCCAGUCCAUCAUAACUUCAUUUUUAAAAGAAAUUAAUGCAAAAUUCAUCAAUGUAAUUUAAUUUUUACAAUGUAGGUGAUGUUACGACUUCAAACGAACAAUGUAAUUACGACAGCGUAGAAAUAAUUUUUGUUUAAUUAGUUUGAACAAUAUUAUUAUACGUUUACACCUGUUUAUAGUGAGGAAACUCGAUAGACAAUGGUAAGAUUUAGAUAAGCAUUUCAAAAUUGAAUUCAGCUUUAUAAAUUGUAUAUAUCACAUCCUUGUUUGUGUUUAUAGAAUCAAAUAUAGUAAAAUGUUACAGAUUGUACAUGGUGGCCCAUUUAACAGGGGCCUAUACCUUAUCUCAAAACCUACGAGGGUUAUAAAAAAAAAAUAAAUACAAAAGUUGUUUCUAUUAAAAUAAACUUUUUUUUUAUUUUCCUAAUUGUCACUUUUUUA